GACCAGGGCACUCCGCGCCCGCCCGGCUCCGCCGCCAGCCCCGGAGCCCGCGGAGCCGCGCGCUGCCGGCCCGGGAGGAGGACGCCGAGGAGAGGAGGGCGGGCGGGAGGCGGAGGGAGCGGGAGGCGGCGGCGAGGAGGCGAGGGCGCGGCGGGCAGGAUGGAUUUCCAGCAGCUGGCGGACGUCGCGGAGAAAUGGUGCUCCAACACGCCCUUCGAGCUCAUCGCCACGGAGGAGACCGAGCGCAGGAUGGAUUUCUACGCCGACCCCGGCGUCUCCUUCUACGUGCUGUGUCCGGACAACGGCUGCGGGGACAAUUUUCACGUGUGGAGUGAGAGCGAGGACUGCCUGCCUUUCCUGCAGCUCGCACAGGACUACAUCUCCUCCUGCGGCAAGAAGACGCUCCAGGAAGUCUUGGAAAAAGUCUUCAAGUCUUUCAGACCCUUACUGGGGCUUCCGGAUGCUGAUGACGACGCAUUUGAAGAGUACAGUGCAGACGUGGAGGAGGAGGAGCCAGAGGCGGACCACCCCCAAAUGGGGGUCAGUCAGCAGUAAACUUGGAAGGGCCCACCUGCCAAGGAGUGAGCCCCGUGGUACCCGAGGCGGGCUCGCGUGCUGCUCCUGGGCUAGCUCUUAGCAGCAGGACGCCUGACUCCCAGCUUCCAAAUUAAAACGAAAUACCUUCUUAACAACCACAAAAUAUCUGGGAUGAGCUACGCUCAGAAGUGACCUGCAUUUGACUCCCGUGUCAGUGGGUGUCUAUGGCGUUGUCUGGGUAGCCUUGGCCGUUUCUAAUUUAGAGUCCAUUCUGUGGCUGACGGUUCUCUCUUGAGUUUCUGUUGGGGAAUUGACACUCACUGACUCGAGUGUAGGGAACUCUGAAUGUAUUAAGGAUGUGUUUUGAGUCCUCACAGGCGACUUUAUGGAGGGAAAGCAUGGCAGCGAAGAGUUGCAGUCUGCACUUUGUAUGUACCUGGUGACGUGUCGUAAGUGAACGUUUUUGCUUUUAGAGCAUGAGUUUUAAUACCUAGUCAUUACACUGCACAAGUGCAAGUACCAGGGCAGACAAGGAUCGCCACUCAGCUCUGGGUGAAGAGGGGAGGGAGGGAAGACCCUCCCGGUGUGUGACCAGCCCUGAGUUACCUGGGGACGUGGCAGCUGGUUCCUGGUUGUAUAAACAUACUUGCCUGGUCAGUUAUUUUAAAACAUGCUAAUUCCAAGACUUAACAGUGGAAAAUAUAAAUGGGAUGACACCAGUUACCAACUUCUUUAGACUGUUUGUAAACCGUCCCACAUAUGACAGGAAACAUUUACCUUCUCUCUUUAUAAUGAGAUGGCAACUUGUUAAAUCAUGAAAAUAUCUAAAAUCCAAGGGCCACGUCAACUUUGAAGCCAUAGAUAAAUCUAAUGGGAAAAUAAACCAGGAUAACAUUUUUUAAAAAAUAUGAUGGAAUCCUUUUUUCUUAAUCUGUCUUUUAUUCUUUUUUUAAAAAAAAAAAAAGUCAAGAAAAUGAUCCCACUGUAAUCAAGUGCUUCAAAAUUCAAUUGCAGUGCAUUUUUAAAAAACUUUUUUUAUUGAUUUGAGAGAGAGGGGAAGGGAGACAGAGAAAAGCAUGGAUGUGAGAGAGAGACAUCGAUGGACUGCCUCCUGCACACCCCCUACUGGGGAUCUAGUCCACAGCCCCUGGCAUGUGCCCUGACUGGGAAGCGAACCAGCAACUUUUUGGUGCAUGGGAUGAUGCUCAGCCAACUGAGCCACACUGGCCAGGGCUGCAGUGAAUAUUUAAAGUGACACAAAAGUGGGAAUCUUUCGAUGGCAGGUUAGCUUGGUUCAGAGGGGAAGUUUGAAUGAUCACAAUACUCAGCUAACUCACAGAGAAAAGACUGUCAUCCUUUAGCCAACAAAUACUUCUGGGAGAAACCCUUCGUCAUGCUAACAUGGACUUAUUCAAAAUAUUCCUUUUCUUGGGCCCUUCUGCAUCUCUGGUCCUAACAACAUGGAUGCCGAUGCUCUUUUACAGCAUUUCGCUAAACGUAGCAUCUGGGUGGGGAUGUUUUUAACAGGCGUGCCUGUUAGGUUGUGAAAGUUUUGAUUUAAACACAUUUAAAAAAGCAGCAGCCGCAGAGGCUUCAGAGCUUCUGGGAGUCUUGUCUGUCUUCCAGGCACGUCGGUGUAAACCUGAUGGUCUCAGCAUUUUCUGUUUAAUUGGUGCUGGGAGGAGCCCGGCUGCUCGUGGUCAAAUGGUGCACCGCAGUUUUAAGUCACUGGGUAAAAUUACAUAGUGCUUUCCACCCGGGCGUCAGAACCACAUUUUUUCUUGUCUUGGGAAAACACAGUCAAGGUUAAUUUCAAGUCAAAUGAGUUUCCUUCCAGGGAGCCUAUUAACAAAACAAACCUUGAUGAUUCAUCCAAUGCGGUGAACGUGCGCCGGGCUUUGCUCGCUCGCUGGGAUCUGAUUGGCUCGAGGCCUGAGCACAGGUGUGUGGGAAGCCGCCCCUUCUGUAGCUCUCGUGUUUGCUCGCCUUCUGCAGCUGAAAUGAAGGCGCUCCACUAGUGUGCUCCACUCGAAGGUAAACUGGAAUGUGUGUGUCCUAGAGGCUCAAAACCUAAAUGUGCAUAUGUUUGAAAAUGGAAUGGACAUGGUUGUAAAACGUUAUUUUAUCUAAAAGGGGGUUAGGUUUUGACUAAAUGCAUUUUGGUAUUCUCAUGUGACUGUUGCGUUUAAAACACUGAGCUGAGGUAGACUCAGCCGUUCAUUGGACUGGGGAGAAAGCUGGUAUUUGUUUUGCCCCAGGGGUUGGGGAUAACAUCGCUGUAUGUUCCUUACUUUCCUGGCAAAACCUCAAAAGGCAUUAACAAAUCAAUUGUUUCCUCUAAACUUCCUUUUCUCUGUGUCCCUCCCCGCCAGGGCUCACUGCCACACGCACCCACGUCCGGGUCGUGUGUGGCGUUAGGGUUGGCACAGCGCAGUUGCACCUGGUCGGUCACCGGGUCGAGCAGCCUGCGGUCUCUGUUAUGGACAUGGUCCCAUGGCUGGACUUUCACAGACUCAGACACACGUUCCCAGGAGGCUCCAGGGCACAGUGGGAGGAGCACUGGCCGGGAGUUAGGAGAGGCACCUGGGUUCUAGUGCCGACUCUGCCAGUAACCGCGUGACCUUGGGCAAGUCACUUAACUGGCCUGAAAUAAGGGAUUUUGCCCUUCCUGCUUUAACCACUGUUCUUCCACAACUGCCUUAAGAUGUGUGUGGGUCUGAAGAGCAACAAUUAAGGGAAAUGAGCAGGAAAUAGAUUCAGAAUCUCACUGUCCUUAGGAUCCUGGCCCCCGGCCUACCGUAGAACAGGUUUCUGUUGGUCUGUGAGCGCCCACACCCGCUGGGACCUGACCCUACGGGGCCGAUGGAACUGCUCCUUAGCGAGAGCCAGGCCCCAGGAGUUACAGAAACCAGACUUGUCUCCGCUGUACAUGCUCUGCCUGUGGGAGGUGUCGUCUUAGUUGUGCCCUGACAGAUUGCGGCUUUGGAAGUGGAGUAACUUUAACUUAACUGAGAGGGGAAAUUGCAUGAAGAAUAGCUGGAAGGGGUGACUUGUGACUUUUUUGCCAUCUCAUCCAGUGGGGGAGUGAGUGUGAGUGUGUGUAUUUGUGUGAGUGAGUAUGCAGCUGUGUGAACAUGAAUGAUUGCUUGUUGAUUGCUGCGGGCCUGCGAAACCUUACCACACCCUGGUCCUGGAGUUGAGUGAGUCAUGGAGACAUGUUUCUGAUGGCUACUGGUUACUUUUCUCUGAUAAUCACCCUGAGCAGACUUCAGGGAAUCAGAGAGUGAAUGAUGGAGCCAGGGAAGGAGGUGAGACCCACACCGAGGCUGCCACACUCGGAUUCAGUCACACUGAGGCGUCCACCCCAGGCCCCCAGGCUCAGCAGCACGUAGUCCUUGUUCUUCAGUGACUAGAACACCAGGCCUCUUCCUUAGGAAUGCCCCUUGUGUCCUGGUGCCAGCAUGAGUUCCUGGCGUGCUUAAGUGGAGACCUCUGACCUCUCUAAUUACUGCCGCUUUUCACGUUAGCGGAAGCCAUUCUCGGGCACAGUCACGUCUCCAAAGGUCGUCUCUGUCUCCUCGGGGCACACGUGUGUGGACCUGGGGAGCUGUGGUGCCACAGCACCGGACUCUGCCUUGCAUGUGAUGACAGACACGUUGGGAAACUGUGGCAUCAACAGCUUCCCGUGACUUGGGAGUUCCCAUGACUUGGGAAGCACGCGGGAGCAGGCAGGACUUAAGUCUGGGGUGGGAGGAGAUGAGUAAGGCAGAAUUCGGGUCUGAGUCUUUAAAAAAGAAAGUAGAAAGCCAGGAGGCAGUUAUCAUGUGAGGUCCAGGAACACUCUUUGCAUGCUGUCCCACGAGGAGCCUGAUUUGCUCAAAGGGGCUGCCUGCCCAAGUGUUCAGAGGCAAGGUCCGUGUUUGAAAAUGCCUCCCAGCCAGGGAGACAACAAGGGUCCUGUAAAUUUGGUGGAGUCCUUGUCCUGGGUCAGCCAGCUGUCAGCCAGAGAAGCCCAUCUGUCCGAAGUGCUAACAGGCCUCAGAGAGGCGCCAAUCACAUGCCAGGCUGAACGGGAACCCAACUUGGUCUUGCUCUCAGCUGCUGAGGAGACCUAGGGUCGGAAACGCCCCUCCCACGGGCUGAGGGCGAGGCCCACCCACUGCACCCAGCUCCAGGGUUGUAGAAAGAGCACAAUUAAAGCUCAGGUGGGGUGCAUAUUCCUCUCCCCUAGAGUGAGUGUUAACUCAAGAUGCCAGUGCCAGCGGCUUCAUCUUCAGGUUACCAGAGAAGCCUACAGCUUUUCUGAAAGAAAAACGAGUCCUCUUCCAUAAAGACUCAACCCGCUAUCUUGGCUUUGUGAGACCAGGUACCACAGGAAAGGCUGAAGUCUUUCAGAUUGAUGCAGAACCAUUCUCACACUCGCCAGGAUGCCAGUAGCCUCUGGUGUCCAUGGCAACGUGGUGCCCAUGGCAAAAUAGCUCCAGCUCACGUUCACUGGGCAAAUUGUCAAAUAAUAUGUUGUCUUUGAUAUUUUUUAAAAUCUGGAUUGCAAAAAUAGAGGAGCUGUGAACAGUUUGCGUUAGAAAGCCCAUUGAAAGCAUUGUGAGGCUGAGGAGGCAUAAGCAGUUAAACGCGGCACCAGGCCACAGGAAAAUAAACAUUUCAUUUGCUGAGAACUGUGUGUUCGAGAGGCUCGGUGCCGCAGAGAAAGCUGACAGUCUGUUCUUGGUAGAACUGCCUUUCCCUGGUUUUUUCUUUUCUCUCGUUUCUGUUUCUGAAGAUUUAUUUUUCACCGGAAGCACCUUCUGGCGGCCGUGCGGACGAAGCAGGGUGCAGGACUCUGUGCACGGAGCAGCUCCCUGGGGGAGAACGUAAAUGGUCAAUUCGAGAACGAAUCUGAGACUCUGAACAGUCUGCGUCUGUGUACAAAAGCAGUUUAGCCAUCGAAUGAGAAGCAUAAGCAAGGAACCGUUUGGGGUUUUUUCUUAGGCAGAACACAAAACAACAGGGUGUAUAUGCUUUCUUUGCCUUUCGUUUCCUUUCAAAGAAAUCUCUUGUAAAUGACAAAACUGUGAAAUGGGUUGCCAACCGUUGUUGCCCUUCGUUAGAUGCUUCCAGCCGUGUGAAUCUGAAACGGGACCCUGUCCACACCUGGGCCUUUCUCCCGGGAGAGGGGACCUCAUCCAACGAUGUAAUUACCAUACGCUUGCUAUUAAAGAGCCUUCCAAACACC